CUUAUUCAAUAGCGCGAAACACAGGUUGCGCGGUACAUCCCAGUGUCUAUGAUGUUCUAAACAUAACUCGGCCGCAGUAUCUCUCACCGCUGAAAAUAACAAAAAUUGAUUUUCACGUCGCGGAUGUCUGAGUCUGCUUGUGACUAUCUUAAAAGGUUUCUGUCUGAAGUUGAUGGAAUCCUCGGUAUCUUUGUUGCGGAUAAAGACGGAGUCGUUGUUGCAAGUGCCACAAUGGAUGAUAUGCCUGAUCAAGCACGCUCACCAUAUGUUACUGCUGCUUUUAUCGUAUCAUUACAACAAGUAAACAAACUAGAUCUUGGAGACUUAGAAUGGAUGAUCACUAGCUAUCAAGAGAUGGUGAUCUGCCAGUUUCAUUUUACAUGCCAAUCAGCUUUACCAUUAUUUCUGACGGUUGUUGGCUCCAGUGAAUGCAAUAUAGGUGGGUUUACAAUAAAGUAAAAUGAUGCUUAAUGUUUAUUUAACGAGUCAUAUGAAGAAGUAUUGGCAUUUAAUAACAUUAAGAUUGAAAGAAACUACAAACAAGGAGUGGCUUAGGAUCGAUAACGACGUAAUGAGCAUAUUGAGGACGGCAUUACCAUAUGCUAAGAAAGGGUUAAACAUUUGCAACGUCUUGACUAAUUUUGAACCAUGGAAUCCGUUGUCCGCAAACACUGAAAUACCAUACCACUUGUACUCUCACCAAGAAACGCUAUAGUCUACGCAGUUCAUACUAACAGUCUCAACGUUAGUAGAGCUAUAAUCGCACUUGAACCAUCCAUUCGUCCGUUAUUAAAUCGUUUAGCCCCGGAAGCAUCAUCAAGAAUACAGAAUGAGGCUAUGCUAAGCCGUACCACAAAUGGUCCUUAUUUUCGAGUAUAAUACUCAUUAAGUUUUGGGAUUAUUUUUCGGAGCCGAUUUUUUAGUUGUGUAAUUUAUCUUGUAUAUUAAUCAGAAACUGUACAAUAAUACUAUUAAAAUUUGCACAUUUUA